GCACCUUCCCCGAAGCUGCCGGACCCCAGGUUCUUGUACAUAACAAAAGCUUCAGUUCAUGUCAGUCAUAUUCCACAGAUGGCAGCGGUGGGCGACUUUUCGUCCCUCUGCUCACUGCCUUUUCUCUUCCUGCUCCUCGUCGCCAACGGCAAGGCCACCAUGCUAAACAUCACCAACCGAUGCUCCUACACGGUGUGGCCGGCCGCCGUGCCCAUCGGCGGUGGCGUGCAGCUCGACCCGGGGAAGACGUGGAUCCUCGACGUAUCCGGCCUCACCUCCAGAGGACGCCUGUGGGCGCGCACGGGCUGCUCAUUCGACGGCAGAGGCGACGGUUCAUGCCAGACGGGCGACUGCGGCGGUACGCUCGCCUGCACGGACUACGGCCAGCCGCCGGUCACACUGGCCGAGUUCACGACUGGCCAUGGCCAGACGGACGAUUUCUUCGAUAUCUCCCUCGUCAACGGCUUCAACGUGCCCAUGGAUUUUCUGCCGGUGCCAACAAAGGGAGGGCCGGGGUGUAGCAAGGGGCCGCGCUGCGAAGCCAACAUAACGUCGCGGUGCCCAACUGAGCUGCAGGCUCCGGGAGGCUGCAACAACGCGUGCAUCGGGAAUGGGACGAGCAACUGCGAACCCACCACCUACACCGUCUUCUUCAAGCAGAUGUGUCCGGAUGCCUAUACCGACUACAACGACUUCACUUGCCCGACGGGAACCAACUACCAGGUCAUCUUCUGUCCCCCGUUCAAUCUAACAAUUUCACCGGCACCCGCGAGCUCUCUGCCUGCACCUGUUGGCCCAUCAAGCAAGAGACUGAAAUCCUCCUUCCUAAGAAGCCGUGCUGUGAUUAUAAUAGCUCCUGCGGGUGGUUUCAUUUUGCUCGCGGUAUUGGUUACAAUCAUUUUCUUCACAUGUAAAUGUAACCAAAGGGCGCAACGGCACCAGGAGAUGGAGGAAGAGGAAGAGUUUGGUGAGCUACAAGGAGCACUAGUGAGGUUCACAUUUCAACAACUACAGGUAGCAACUAGGCAAUUCACAGACAAGCUUGGGGAAGGAGGAUUUGGGUCUGUUUUCAAGGGGCAAUUUGGUGAAGAAAGAAUCGCUGUGAAACGUUUGGAUCGAGCUGGCCAGGGGAAGAAGCAAUUUUUGGCAGAGGUUCAAACAAUCAGCAGCAUCCACCACAUCAACCUGGUGAGAUUGAUCGGUUUCUGUGCAGAGAAAUCUCAUAGGCUCUUGGUAUAUGAGUAUAUGCCCAAGAGAUCCUUGGAUAGGUGGAUUUAUAGUCGACAUGACAAUAAUGCUCCUCCUCUGGAUUGGAGCACGCGAUGCAAAAUUAUUACUCAUAUAGCUAAGGGUCUCUCUUAUCUUCAUGAAGGGUGCACAAAAAGAAUUGCUCAUUUGGAUGUCAAACCACAAAACAUCCUCUUAGAUGAUAACUACAAUGCAAAACUUUCUGAUUUUGGACUAUGCAAGCUCAUUGAUAGAGAUAUUAGCCAAGUGGUUACUCGAAUGAGAGGUACGCCUGGAUAUUUAGCUCCUGAAUGGUUGACAUCACAAAUCACAGAAAAGGCUGAUGUCUAUAGCUUUGGUGUUGUGGUCAUGGAAAUCAUUUGUGCAAGAAAGAACCUCGACAUCUCUCAGUCUGAAGAGAACAUCCAUCUUAUUACACUAGUGGAAGAAAAAGUGAAGAGUGGUCGGUUGGUAGAUUUGAUUGACAAGAGCAGUACCGACAUGCAAGCACACAAGCAAGAUGUAGUUGAGAAGAUGAAGCUCGCGAUGUGGUGUUUACAGAUUGAGUGCAGAAAAAGGCCUAAUAUGUCCGAUGUUGUAAAAUUAUUGGAAGGUGGUGACAUGAAAGCAAACACCAACAUAAGUAAUAACUUUGUUGCAAUAAGUCCAACAAAGUUUUGUAUGGCUGGAAAUCUGAGCUACUUAGAUUCACCUCAGGUCUCAGAUCUAUCAGGCCCAAGGUGAAUUGAGAGAAUACCAAGAAGAUAUGCAAUUAGACUGCAAGCAAGAGACUUUUUCUCUAAAUGUAUAAUGCUUAACUUCUUUGAUUUAGAAGAAACCAAGCCUCUGUAAUGAUAACGUGCAUUUGGCUUCUCGCCACUUCUUUGAUUUUAAAACAACAA